CUGAGGCGACGCCGGUUACCUGGAGACGAGCCGCGUGCCUGGUAUCACCUGCAAACACUCGGGAAGCGCAGCGAGUAGAACACUGGACACGGAGCAGAAGAUCAGAAGCGAUAAGACCGCUGGAUGAGUGAAGAUGGCGUCUCUGAGAGUGAAGCCAGGGCAGAGGCUGACGGUGUCGGACUGGCACUCCAACAGCCACCAGAUCUCCAGCAACGCAGAGAGGCAGCGCUGGGGCUCGCACUGCACCCGUCAGGAGGCACGGGGACUGCGCAGUGAGACCAGCAACAAGACUAAGUGGGACGAGCAGGACACCUGCACACGUCUGUCUGACAGGAUUGACGAGGUGACCAAGUGGAAGGACAGUUUGCUAAAGUGUUUAGAAGACGUGGACACAGAAAUCAAGGCUCUGACUACAGUGAAGGAGAGCACAGAAAAGGCUCUGGCAGCGACAUCACUUCCUCUGGACGUGGCGAUCGAGUGCCUGACGCUGCGCGAGGGUCGUCGUGGUAACGACCUGGUGAGAGACCCUGUGGAGGCGGAGCUACACAAAGAGGUGGAGGUGAUUGACAGGGCCCGGAAGGUGCUACAGCAGAAAGUGAGCCAAGCCUUCGAACAGCUCUGUUUACUGCAGGAGGUCCGGCAGCAACUGACCUUUGACCUGCGGCACAAGAUUGAGGCUUUGGAUGUUGAUCGAAGCUGCCUGUCACUCAACGUGAACUCUGCAGGACUGUCUCUGAAGCUGAGCCCCUCUCGUGUGCCUCCAGGUUCCACCGACCCCCAGCAGUGGGAGAAGUUCAGUCACUACAACUGUAACCGUGCCCAGGAAGAGAUGAAGGCCUCCACACAGCUACGGGAAGCCAUGAGGGUCAUAAUGGGCCAGACCCACAAUGAGCUGGAGGCCCAGCGUGUUGCGUGUGACUUUGCCCUCCGGAAACGACAUCGCGAGCUGGAGAGAGCCCGGGACGAGCUCCACUGGCAGCAAAGCAGCAUGAAAGAAGAAAUCCAGGAGAUGGAGAACGAUCUCCGAGGCUUAGAGGACGAUCUCCAGGCCAAGACGGCUCCUUUGAAACUGGCACACACCCGACUGGAGACCAGAACCUACCGCCCCGGAGCGGACCUGUGCCGGGACCAGGUGCAGCACGGGCUGACAGAUGAGGUUCAGCAGCUGGAAGGCACCAUGACUGCUCUGAAGCAGAAACGUGCCCAAUCACAGGACGUCCUGCAUGCUCUGUCCCAGCAGCUGACUCGUAUCGAGGAGGACAUCGCCUGCAAGACCAGCUCCCUGUCCCUGGAGAGACACAGCCUGGACACACGGAGCAAACUGAUCGUCCCACCAGAGAAACACGUCCCUGAAACUGACACCUUCAACCGCACCCUGAGCCCUGUCAAGAGCCGCCAGCUGGAGCUCGCUUGACAGCUCCGCCUCCCCAUGAAAUAAAGAAAGAGAUCAAUAAAUAUUUGUUCUGUAAAAUCA